AUGGAUCAUCUCCUCCAUCUUGAUACAGACGUCGUCUGUCUUCUUGCGAAACUUAACUCUUAUGAUUACAUUAUUGUAGGAAGUGGUUUCGGCGGAGGCCCUUUAGCUGAACAGCUUGUAUCCCAACAAUACAAAGUCUUGCUGAUCGAGCGCGGCAGCGUCAUUUUCUCAACCCACGUUCUCAAUACUUCUCGUCCUUACUUCAACCGCGGCGCAAGCAACUCCCCUGAGGGUAACGAGCGCGUAUAUGACGCUGUGAAAGCCAAAGUCCAAUGCACCGACCGCUCUGAUAGUUAUGUCGGCGGUCCAGUGUAUUGUGUCGGGGGACGAUCUAAUCUCUGGGGCACUUGGAUCCCAGAGAUUGGUGACGAGACGCUUGGGAUUUUCUUCCCUACUGAUGUCGUUGAUUACCUCAAGGGUGAUGAGAUCCAAGGAUACAGGAAAGCGUUUAGAUACCUCACUGACUCGCAGCCUGGCGAUGUCGUUUACCCAGAGGGUGACGGCAAGCAUGAAGUUAGCGCUUCAGAGAUUGGUGACGCAAGUGAGAUGUUGAACAAUGCUCUAUCCGGUUCAAAGUUCAGUCUGAUGCCUAUCGCAGCGCAAUUCAACGCCCCUGCACCAUACAAGUUCGCUCAAGGUGCAUACAGCACUACCUUGAGCAUCAUCAAUCGCAUGUACGCCAACGAUCAGUAUCUAUCUGUUCUCCUCAACACAGAGGUCAUCGCUGUUCAACAUGCUGCCAGCAACACAUUCAACAAAACAGUCAAUGCUCUCAAGAUCAGAGACAAAGCCACCAACACCAUCAAAGAGCUCGACGUCGGCAGAGCCAAAGUCAUCCUCUCCGCCGGAACAAUCGGCACCGCCUCCAUCGCCCUCAACAGUGGUCUCAACCACCUCAACCCUUUGGUAGGCAAAGGACUCAUCGACCAUAACGUCUGCUACGUGCGCUUCGCCAAGCAGAAAUCCGACAACGUCACCGAAAAGCCUCUUAAUCUGAAAACCCACCUCAGAGUCGGUGGCGAAGAAUGUCUCGUCACAGUGACAAUCAACGCGAAUUUCUUCCUCGCUGGAAGUUCUGCGACGCUCAACACGACGCAUUUCUAUCGUCGUGAUGGGACCCUCAUGAGUCCUACUAAGGAUGCGGCUGAUGAGAAGGAGAACUUCGACACUAUCUGUGUAUUAUUUGAGUUUGUUGGGAAACUCGAUGAUGAGAAUUCUGUGCUCAGUCUUCCAGGCUUGGAUCCUGUGCUGGAUAUUCGUCGACCACCGAUCAAGCAUGAAGUUCAAUGCGCUAUGGAAGAUAUCAUUCGUCGUGUUCGUGAUGCGUUUGUCGGGCUGAAGCCUAAUCAAGCUACGUAUGCCGACCCAGGAGUGUGUCCUGAUCCUGGACUCAGACCGCAGCAUUUGGGAUUUGGAGUGUUUUCUCAUGAGUGCGGAACGAUGAGAAUGGAUGGACCGAUGGGACCCGGUGUUGUGGACUCGAACCUCAAGGUCAAGGGCCUGGAUAAUCUUUGGGUUUGUGAUCUUUCGGUUCUGCCUGUUAGUCCUGAGGCCAAUCCCUCAUUGACUUUGGCGGCUCUUUCACUGAGACUUGCUGAGCAUCUCCUCAGAACAACUUUCAUUCAUUCCCCAAACCUAGCCAUGUCCACGCAACGAUUUGCAAAAGAUCAGCCUGAAGGCUUCUCUAACCGCAUCGAAAGAGUUGCAAUUGUCGGAGCCGGUGGCCGACAAGGCGCCCAGAUAACCGAGCAACUUCUUAAGACUGGAAAACAUACCAUCACGGCCCUGACUCGGAUCGGCAGUACUUCCAAGCUUCCAGAUAACAUAAAGACUGUCCCCAUCGAUUAUGAAGAUGAAGAAUCUAUCGCAUUAGCUCUGAAAGGUCAACAACUCCUCAUCAUUACCCUCGCUGUUAAUGUCGACCCAGAAGUCCAUCAUCGCAUCGUUCGUGCAGCUGGAAAAGCAGGGAUCCGUUAUAUCAUCCCCAACAUCUACGCCGCAAACGUAGUCAUCGAAAACCAAGGUUCUGUUGAUGAUUUCUUCCCCGCUGCACCUCCAAUCAAUCUGCUCAAGGAAAUCGAGCGCGUCGGUGUCAGUUCCUGGAUCCUGCUCGUCGGAGGCGUCUGGUUUGACUACAGCCUUCCCUCUGGAGAGUCGUUCAUGGGCUUUGACAUAGAUAACUGCAAUGUUACUCUGUUCGACGAGGGUGAAGCAAAAAUCAACACUAGCACUUUGGCUCAGUUUGGUCGUGCCGCUGCUGCCAUUGCUAGUCUCAAAGAGCUCCCAGAUAAUGGAAACGACAUGUCGCCAAGUCUUUCUCAGUUUCAAAACAAGCCUGUCUAUCUCUCGAGCUUUUAUGUCAGUCAGAAGGAUAUCUUGAGAAGCAUCCAGCGCGUCACGAACACGACAGACGCAAACUGGGAGAUCAAGUAUGAGAGCAGUGCUGAUCGAAUUGAGAAUGGCAAGGCGAUGGGGAGAUCUGGUAAUAUUAUGGGACUUGUGCAGGCUUACUAUUCGUUCAUCUUCUCACCAGCGGGCCAGAAGCUGAAAACUCAAGACAAACUUCAUAAUAAGCUACUUGGGCUGCCGGAAGAGGACUUGGAUGAAGUUGUCAGGGCUUGCGUUGAGAAGGGUGAUAGCAAGUUCAAACCACCGCAGUAGCCUUUCCAGAGCGAACAGGGACGGUAGAGGCUGCAAUGAAACUCAAGUAGCAAUACCUAAAUAGCAG